GAGCAUAUUGUACAUGCAGCCGCAAGUAGGCCUAUCACAAGCAAAUCUUUAAUGCUGAGCGAACAGCAGGAAGGCUGCCAAAAUGUCUACCACGGAGAUAAUUGACGACAAAAGCCCUAUAUGUAUACCCUUCAUCCUUGAACAGUAUAGAAACUACAGCGCCUCCAAUCCUACCAGACCCUUCAUCGUUGGGCUUAAUGGGGUACAAGGUGCCGGGAAGACGACUCUAGUGACAGCUCUUGCUUCAAAGUUGCAAGAUGGCGAGGGUCUGCGAACGUUGGUCUGCAGCAUUGAUGAUUUCUAUCUACGGCAUGAGGAUCAGAAGGCACUUGCAGAGUCUCACCCGGACAACCUCUUAGUCCAGGUUCGAGGAGAGCCCGGUACACAUGAUAUGAAUCUUGCUCGAGAUUUCUUCACAGCAUUGUGCGAGGGGCAGCCGGUGAGAGUUCCCCAGUAUGACAAAUCGGCAUAUUCGGGUAAAGGUGACAGAGUCCCAGAGUCGCAAUGGGAAGAGGUCAAUGGCCCCGGUCAACCCAAAAUUCAGGUAGUCAUCUUCGAAGGCUGGUGCGUUGGCUUUCGACAGUUGGACUCAGCCGAAGUGUUGCUUAAGUGGAACGCGCCAAGUCGAACGCUGAACAAGCAUCCCCUAGAACACCUGGAUUUCAUCAACGAACGUCUUGGAGACUACGACGUCAUCACAGACACAUUUAAUGCAUUCAUCCAUAUUGAUGCCGAAGAUACCGAGUGGGUAUACGACUGGAGGCUAGAGCAAGAAACAAUGCUGCGGAAGCAAAGAGGAGCAGGUAUGACAGACGAUCAAGUCGUCAAGUUUGUCGACGCUUAUUAUCCUGCAUAUGAACUCUUCUCCGGCAAGUUGAGAAGAGGGCUGUUCUCGGACAAGUCAGGACGUCAGUUGAGAUUAAUUGUCGGUAAAGACAGAAAAGUCAAGCAGACAGUUAUCAUUUGAUACAUGUGAGCAAGUGGGUAUCUUACCAAGUAACCUCCCUCCAUGCAUACCUAAUAAUCCCGACGACAUCGUUCUUCACCUAGCACAGGAGCUGUGAUGAACGAGCAAGCGACAUGAAGCCAGCUAGUGU